CCUGCCCUUCCCCACGUGGAUCCCGGGUCGCGCGCUCCUGGGAGCGAUCCGGCGGCGGAUCCGCGGGCGUCCCCGCGCGGCGCCCCGCGCCAGCCCGGCAUGAACCGCUACCUGGUGCCGGUGUCCAUGCUGGGCACGGCGGUGGGCGGCGCCGUGCUGCUCCGGGACUAUGUCGCGGGCGGGGCCUGUCCCAGCAAGGCCACCCUUCAGGGCAAGACUGUCAUCGUGACGGGCGCCAACACGGGCAUCGGGAGGGAGACCGCCUUGGAGCUGGCCAGGAGAGGAGGCAACAUCAUCCUGGCCUGUCGCGACAUGGAGAAGUGCGAGGCGGCGGCUAAGGCCAUUCGUGGGGAGACCCUGAACCACCGCGUCAACGCCCGGCACCUGGACUUGGCCUCGCUGAAGUCCGUCCGAGAGUUUGCAAAGAAGAUCAUUGAAGAGGAAGAGAAAGUGCACGUGCUGAUCAACAACGCGGCCGUGAUGCGCUGCCCACACUGGACCACGGAGGACGGCUUCGAGAUGCAGCUCGGCGUGAACCACCUGGGUCACUUUCUCCUGACGAACUUACUGCUGGACAAGCUGAAGGCCUCGGCCCCUUCGCGGAUCAUCAACCUCUCGUCCUUGGCCCACGUGGCUGGGCACAUAGACUUUGAGGACCUGAACUGGGAGAAGAGGACGUAUAACACCAAGGCGGCCUACUGCCAGAGUAAGCUGGCCAUCGUCCUCUUCACCAGGGAGCUGAGCCGGAGGCUGCAAGGCACAGGCGUGACGGUGAACGCGCUGCACCCCGGCGUGGCCCGGACAGAGCUGGGCAGGCACACGGGCAUGCACAGCUCGGCCUUCUCCAGCUUCACGCUCGGGCCCAUCUUCUGGCUGCUGGUCAAGAGCCCCCAGCUGGCGGCCCAGACCAGCACCUACCUGGCCGUGUCCGAGGAACUGGAGGGCGUUUCGGGGAAGUACUUCGAUGGACUCAGAGAGAAGGCCCCGGCCCCCGAGGCUGAGGAUGACGAGGUGGCCCGGCGGCUCUGGGCUGAAAGCGCCCGUCUGGUGGGCCUGAAGGGGUCCUAGGGGGUCCCCUGCGUGGGGCCAGCCCUUCCCCCAAAGCACCUGGGAGCAGGUGUGAAAACCAUCAUCAGGAUGGAGCCGCAAGAAGACCAAGGCUGGCUGCCAUGCCCACGCCACCCUCUAGGUGGCAGCAUCGGCCAAGCCUUCAAAGGAAGGACCCUGCCUGCCUGCCACGCCCGCAGCCGCCGCUAGAUGGCAGCAUUGACCAAGGAAUGCUGGCUGCCAUGCUCACACCGCCCUCUAGGUGGCAGCAUCGGCCUUUCCACGCUCCCUCUCUCUCCUGGCGGCGGGGGACUGGGCUGCAGGUGCGCACCUGAGCCAGGUGCUGCCGCAGGUGAGCCAGGCCAUCAGCUGCUUCCCCUGGGAACUGCUGGGGAAGGAGCCAGCGCCCUCCCACGUGGGCCACGGUGCGGGGCAAGGUGUCUGCUAGACACGAUCGAGUUCAUGGCUCACCCAUGGUUCUCCUCUCUGAGCCUCAGUUUCCCCAACUGGAAAGUGUGCAGAAUCCCAGGACUACCUCCCAGGAUGGCCUGCUGAGCUUUUCUUGCCAGGGAGAGGUUCCUGAGGGUCUUUGUGUGCCAGAGCCUGGCCGGGUGUGGGGGAAAGAGGGGUAGUAGUGUAUGUGUGGGGGGGCUGUACCCCGAGACCAGGCCGACACACACCUGGCCCAUUAUCCCCGAGUGACGCCCCCGCGGACAGGUGAGCAACGCACCAGCUGCUGCUGCUCAGGGCCCAGGACGCCCGGGGUCACGACCUUCCCUUGCCCUGUGGACUCACAGACUUGCUCUUUAAUAAAUAAUGAUAAGAAUCUA